AACCAUGGCGGCCUGCGCUUCGUCGACAGAAAGGACAGACUACAACUUUACAAGUUCAUUGAUGCGUAACAAAAUACACACGGUCACUCAUCAUUGAUGCAUAACAAAAUACUAGUAUAUUCACACGGCCACUCCUGGUUUCUAACUUUAUCAUCGGUUUGAAGAAUACAGAAGAGAUUUUGUGGUGGAGGGACAUGGACAACAUUAUUAUGAUGUGCUAACAUAUCCAUACUACACUUAAGUAGACUUUCUUUUCGCCUUGGACAAGUUGUUAAAACUCCGUCAACAAUGUUCAUGUACUGCUGGGGUGCCAAGUGUCAUGGUCAGCUAGGUCUGGACGACAGGACUGCGGGAACCAGUGACACGGAUACCGAUGAACCCGAUAGCAACAAAGGGGAUUUGGUUUCGACGCCGCUGGAGGUGCGGUUCUUCAGAAGGCGGGACGUCUGUGCGGUCGCGUGUGGAUUGCGUCAUUCUGUGUUUUUGCUGAAAGACGGGACGGUCUAUACGUGUGGGUCCAAUGACAAAGGCCAGUUAGGGCAUGAAAUGCACGGUAGAAUUCCAGGGCAAGUAAAAGCUCUUGAGACCUGCGUGAUCCGACAUGUAGCCUGCGGGGAAGCGUUCACGGUUGUGACUGCCGAGAAUGGAACCGUGCUAAGCUGGGGGGACGAUAGCUGUGGACAGUGCGGAUGCGGCUCAGAAGACAGAGAACCCAAGAGAACUCCUAGAUUCCUGAAACGAUUAUCAAUGCAUCAUGUCGUUCAAGUGGCUUGUGGUGGAGCCCACUGUGUCGCCCUGACCAAAGGAGGCAGGCUAUUUGUCUGGGGAGACAACACAUACGGUCAGCUAGGUCUCGGUCACACCUCGGUCAAGUACGUAGAAAAGCCCACAGAGAUCACGUCCCUUCACGGGUUACCAGUCAUGCGGGUCGCCGGUGGUGGGGCACACACGUUUGUCGUGUCGGUCUCGGGGACGGUAUUCGGCUGGGGGCGCAAUCAUUGCGGACAGUUGGGUGUAAGUGACACAAAAGAUCGGUCGCAGCCCACACUUUUGAAAAGUCUACGUACACAAAAAGUCAAGUUCAUUGCAUGUGGAAAGAACCACACUGCUGCACUGACUGCUGAUGGAGGUGUGUUUACGUUUGGUGCAGCUGCGGACCGUCAGCUAGGUCAUAGUUCAUCUAGCAACGAGAUCAACCCUCGUAAAGUCUUUGAGCUCAUGGGGAGCGAAGUCACUCAGAUUGCCUGUGGCAGAUGCCACACCUUAGCAUUCAUCCCCAAGACUGGCCGUGUCCUGUCAUUAGGACUUCUCAGCCAUCAACAGUCAACUACUCGGCCUGCCUACAGACGAAGCAUGAGUACACCGAUCAACAUCAGUGGCCCAUGGGCGGAGGGGGCAUCCACCCAAAACAAUCUCCCCAACGAAACUCCCAAACACCACAAAUCCACGGAACAAUCCCCGAGUGAACAAAACAGGAAAAAACUUAAGGAAUUCCAAUCAAAUGUUGAUGAUGAGCAUGGCGUAUUGGAACUGGAGAGUGACUUAAACGAAGAAGUGUCGAUACCCGAGGUAGUGUCGGCGGGCGAAGACAGCGCUGAAGAAAUGGAAACAGAUGAUAUCGCAAACCACGAGGUCGAUACAGACUUUGGUAGAUUACGUCGGGGAUUGAGGACGAGAACGACGGGAGAAACCCAAGAUGAAACCAAGGAGGAGAGGAGAGUGAGAGAGAUCUUCAGUGGUGGAGAUCACUGUUUCUUGGCUGCUACUUUUGCAAAGGCUUCUGAAGAUGUUGUGGACCAUCGAGAGAUACCCAUCGAUAAUCACAUAGCAACCAUUGAUGCGGUCUUCAUGGAUACCUUAGAGGCAGCAUCCUCCACAGAGAGUCUCUCAGAGCCCGUCAUGAGCUCCAUAGAAGAAGUCUUCUCAUCAGCUGCAUGCCUGAACGCUUCCUUCCUCAAAACGAAUGAUGAGCAUUUUGGCAGUAGUCGGCAGAAUCAUGGCAUGGACCUUGAUGCCGCUAGAGAACAGUUCAGAAGACUGGCGGGCAAAGAGGCUGUGGUCAGAUAUGUAAGUAUUUAACGACAUGCCAUUGACAUUGUUUUUAUUUUCAUUGUCUGCAUCGUCAUCAUUGUUGUCAUUGAUUUCAUCCUUAUUAUUAUUAUUGCGCAAUUGUCACCAUUCUCAACUUCAUCCUAGAAUUUACCAUGGUAAUGCAUUUCAUUGUCCUUUCCACAGUCAUCAUGAUUGCAUGGCCGUUGUCGUUGUAAUUGGACAUCGUCAUAGUUACCAUUCUCUUUGUCACCUUGUCAUUGUGUCACGGCGUAUUUUUGUCAUUUUUGUCAAUGAUUUUUCCAUAGUCACGAUAUAUUUUCGGCUUCAGUCAUUAUCAGUGACCAGGCCCCUACUUGGUUUGAAACCAGACGUUUGAAACUGCUCCAUCACGUUUUUAUUACCAUUCAUACAAUAUACUUUUUUGGUCAAAAUGUGGAACAAUUGACAAAACGUUCCAAAAAGUUGAAACAUCGACAAAUUUCCGAGGAUGUUUUGUUGGUGAAUUUAAGGUUAGAUUGCUAUUCAUGUUCUGGGGCCCUUUCUAUGAACAGAUAGUGAGAUUGCAUUCCCUCUCUGAAAAAAGCAACCACACAAGAUGACACCCUCUGCCUCAAAUAAGCAACUUGGUGGAUACAAAUGAAACUAAAAGCCCUAGUCACACAUUUACGGUUUGGAG